AAAGUUUGAAAAAGUUAUACAAUUAUACAAAUAUUCUGAAAAACUAUAUAAAAAAUUCUGAAAAAAAUUUUCACGGAAAUUAUAUUCAGUCAGAUUAGGUUACGCUAUCGUGUUCUUUUUACAGCCGUCCGAGUAGACCCGAGUUCACUUCAGAGUCGUUCAGAGCAAUAUCAGUAAUCCACUUCCUGUUCUACGAUCCAUUUCCGGAAUUCUUCUAUCUUAACCCAACAUACCCAGGUCUAUUCAGAUCUGCUCCAGGGCCUAUAAUCUCUUAUGUAAAUUUUGUAGACAGCGUUUGUGGCGUCCUCGCUGGACCACCCUAGGCCAAAUGAAACUAUUAAGCAAUAUCUGUCGGUAAAAUGGUUGAUAAAUCUCGCAUGGUACAUACUGGUUCAUGCUUUGUUUUCGUUACAUGUGCAACCAUGUGCAACGCAGAACGUGCGCGGAUUUAUAUUUCAAUAUAUUUCAAAAGUAUUCAGCAGUGUUCAGCAGUGUUCAGCAGUGUUCAACAGUGUUCAGAUUUUGUCCGGAAAGAAGAGAAAGAAGUAGUUCAGAGGCCUACCCGUACAACCUAUUGAUAAGAAAUAUGAGAAAUUGUUGCGUCUCUGGAUGUUCUUCGGGCUACAAAGCUCCUCGUCAUGAGUUAGAAUAGCCGAUCGGAGAAGGAUAGCACCGGUACGUCAGUCCACGAUGGACCGCCUCUCCGCUUCUGGUCUGACUGGUUGUCACUGGUCGUAAAAGGAGCGUUAAUUCCAUGAGCGGUAUUCUAUCAGGGGCUAUUAAUUUCUGUCAACUCGAAGAAUGUAUUAAUAAAUGGACCUUGGAGUUGAAAGAGCAAGAAUAAGUACUUGUGAAUCAAGCGACACAAGUUAAUGCUUGGGACAAAUGGGGACAAAAUAGUAAUGCUGAAUCAAGAAGUUGAAAGAGUGAAAAUCGAGUCGCAGCAAUUGGAUUAUGUUGUUGGACAACAGAAAGAGUUGCAAGAAUGUUUAGUACCAUUAGAAAAGGAGCUAGCAUUAUUAAGAAACAAUAGCAUCAAGAAAAAAGUAGCAUUGGAAGAAAACAUCACAAAAAUUAGUGCCAUCCUUCACAUGAUUUUCUUCAUAAUCUCAGCGUGGGAAUACAACGCCCUGAUCCCGAGCAACCGGGUAUGCCAUUAAGGAUGUUCUGGCGCGCGCACACACACACACACACACACACACACACACACAUAUAUAUGUAAAAUACAUAUGUGUUUAUCGCAUAAACUAGGAUUAUUGCAAUAUUAAUAAGUUAACUACUUUUUUUCUUACGCAUACAAUAGAAUCAAUUUUGUUAAAAUCCUUUUUUUUUAAAAAACAGCACCAUUUUCAUAAUUUAUAAUUUUUUCCAUUUAUCCUAGUUUGCGAUAAGCAGACAUAUCAUGUAUGUUACAUAUAUGUAAAAGUAGAAUACUUUCUACGUAAGCAAUAAAUUCAAUUAGUAAUGAAAUAAAUUAGCAAUAAAUCAAUAAGCAAUACGCAAUAAAUCAAUUUACAAUACAACUUGAACCAGAAUUCUAGUCGCAGCUAGAUCUUCGUGCUUGUAUUAUUUGUGUGAUUUUAUACUUUCCUCAAAUUCAAUAAACUGUGCGCCGAAUUGUUUUUUCAGUCAUAACACAGCCCUACAUUGAACAAGAUUGAGUAAUAUCACGUAUUAUUAAAAUUGAAAUUAAUAUUAACCCCCCCUCCCUGAAAAAACUGCAAAGAAUUUAUUGUACAAAAUAUCACCUCAGCCAGGGUUCAAUGUAAGGCUCUAUUAUGACUAAAAAACAAUUCGGCGAACAGUUUAUUGAAUUUCAGGAAAGUGUAUAAAAUCACAUAAAUAAAACCACAAGCACAAAGAUUUAGCUGCGAUUAGAAUUCUUGUUCAAGUUGUAUUGUAAAUUGAUUUAUUGCGUAUUGUUUAUUGAUUUAUUGUUAAUUUAUUUCAUUGUUAAUUGAAUUUAUUGCUUUGUUUAUAUUUCGAUAUGUUUAAUCUAUAAUGUAUGAUUAAGUAAAUAUACAUAACACAUGUUGUAUUUUACAUUUAUGCAAAAUAAAAUAUGACAAUUUUAUUUUUACCAGUA